AUGUCUAAUUUAUUUGUUACUAUUGCUUUUUUAGUAUUUUUGGUGUUAAAUUCUGGUAACGCGCAAAAUGCACCUUCUCAAGCGCCGGUUUCUUCUCCUAAUAAAUCGCCGAUCGCGAAAUCUCAACCACCGGUUUCUUCUCCGGCGAUAUCUCCGGCGAACCCUCCGGCUAACCCUCCGGCGAUUACCGUUUCUCCGGCAAUAUCUCCAGCACUCAGUCCAUCAACCAGUGUAUCUUCUCCGGCGAUAGAAACUCCGGUGAAUACUCCGGCAACUUCUCCAAGUAUUUCUUCAAGUUCAGAAACUCCGGCAACUUCUCCAAGCAUUUCUUCAAGUUCAGCAACUCCGGCGAAUUCUCCGGCGACGGCGAGUUUGUCGCCGGAGAGUUCACAAGGUCCAACUGCUGAUGACGCUUCAUCUGCAAUUUCAAUAUUUGAAGCGCCAAUGGUUCUAAGCGGGCUUGGGCUUGGGUUUGCUAUAUGGGCUGCCUUGUUAAUUUGA